UUGGAGUGUUUUUGUAAGCACGCUGUCCGUGGUUUUGCUUGGGCUCUGCCACUCGCGCUUGCCCAGCUCAUGCUUUGCUUCAAUCGCUCUCGUUAGGGUCUGCAUGGCCCGUCUCCGCUUGCAUUUCGCUCCUUCCCUUCCUCUUGGUUGAAGUCUUCCAACCUCGAAUUUGAUCCUUUUUCUUUUUUUUCUUAUUUCUGUCCGCAAUGUUGUUGGACUCGUGAGUUUCUCUGGACGGAGUUGGUUCAGAUUGAUUUCAUAAUUUUCUGCUGUUGGAGAUCGCCAGCUUGCGCAAGCUUACAUCAGGAUUCAGGAGAUUAGGUUUUUGAGGCGAUUUUUUCUCUUUUUGAGGGUAAUUGGAUUGCAGUCACGAGGGUUCGGGUCUGCGGUCGACGAAAAUGGUGGCCAUGGAUCUGUUCCGAUCGGAGGAGAUGUCCCUCGUGCAGCUCAUCAUUCCGGCGGAAUCGGCUCAUGAUACUGUCAUCUACUUGGGAGAGCUUGGAUUGCUCCAGUUUAAAGAUUUGAAUCCUGACAAAAGCCCAUUUCAGCGAACUUAUGCUAAUCAGGUGAAGCGAUGUGGAGAGAUGGCAAGAAAGCUACGAUAUUUUCACGACCAAAUUGCUAAAGCUGGUCAAACACCUGCACAGAGACCCAUGGUAGACAAAAGUGUUGAUUUAGAUGAAUUAGAAAUAAAACUUACGGAACUUGAGGCUGAGUUGUUAGAGAUAAAUGCCAACACGGAUAAACUUCAACGCGCUCACAGUGAACUCGUGGAGUUUCAGUUGGUGCUUGACAAGGCUGGUGCCUUCUUCAGUUCCGCGAGGAAUACAGCAAGUACUGUGCAACAGCAAAGAGCAGAUGCUGAGAAUGAGUCUUCAAUAGAAGAAUCUAUUGAUCGACCACUUCUACAGGAACAGGAGAUGCAGACUGAGCCUUCGAAAGCAGCCAGGUUGGGCUUUAUCUCAGGUGUGGUUCCUAAGGCCAAAGCAGCUUCUUUUGAGCGCAUUCUUUUCCGAGCUACCCGAGGGAAUAUGUUUCUGAAACAAGCCCCAAUCGAAGGCACUACUAUAGAUCCAGCCACUGGUGAGGAGACAGAGAAAACGGUCUUUGUUGUGUUCUUUUCUGGAGAGCGUGCCAAAUCCAAGGUUGUCAAAAUCUGUGAGGCUUUUGGGGCCAAUCGCUAUCCCUUCCCUGAGGACCCAAACAAGCAGUGGCAGAUGAAGUCUGAGGUUGAAACAAGGUUGAGUGAGCUACAAAACACGCUUGAUGCUGGUAAUCACCACAGACACAAUAUUUUUAACAACAUCGGAUUCAACCUUGAACGGUGGACCAUUACGGUGAGACGAGAUAAGGCAGCCUAUCACACGCUCAAUAUGUUGAGCAUUGAUGUUACACGUAAGUGCCUGGUUGCUGAGGGCUGGUGCCCUGUCUCUGCGAAGCCCAAGAUACAAGAUGCUCUCCAAAGAGCCGCAUAUGACAGUAAUUCUCAAGUUAAUACGAUUUUUCGAGUUUUUCGUAUGAAGGAGUCUCCGCCCAGCUACUUUGAAACUAACAAGUUCACCAAUGCAUUUCAAGAGAUUGUGGAAGCUUAUGGUGUAGGACGAUAUCAGGAAGCAAACCCUGGAUGUUUUACUAUCAUAACAUUCCCCUUCCUGUUUGCGGUAAUGUUUGGUGAUUGGGGUCAUGGUAUUUGUCUAUUAUUGGGAGCGCUUUAUCUCGUGCUGAAUGAAAAGAAUCUCGGAAAGCAGAAACUCGGCGACAUCAUGGAGAUGGCGUAUGGAGGUCGUUAUGUAAUUCUUCUGAUGGCUAUUUUCUCUAUUUACACUGGUUUCAUAUAUAACGAGUUCUUCUCAGUUCCGUUCGGUUUUUUUGGGGGAUCUGCCUAUCGGUGUCCCGAUCCACAAUUUUCUAUUGAAAAUUGCCCGUCGGCUACUACUUCAGGAGUGGAGAAAUGGUCAUACGAGCCGUACGCAUUUGGGGUGGAUCCUAUCUGGCAUGGGUCCCGUUCAGAGCUUCCUUUCACCAACUCAUUGAAGAUGAAGAUGUCAAUUCUGUUAGGGAUUUCUCAGAUGAACUUGGGCAUUCUAUUAAGUUACUUCAAUGCCAAAUACUUUUGCAGUGCUCUUGAUGUUUGGUAUCAGUUUAUUCCACAGCUGUUGUUCCUCAAUGCGCUCUUUGGGUAUCUUUCAUUCCUUAUCGUUCUGAAGUGGUGCCAAGGGAGCAAGCCCGAUCUUUACCAUGUCAUGAUUUACAUGUUCCUCAGUCCCACUGAGGAUCUUGGAGAGAACCAGCUCUUCUCAGGUCAAACUUAUGUUCAGAUUAUCCUGCUAUUAAUUGCCCUGGUUGCUGUCCCCUGGAUGCUGUUCCCGAAACCCUUGAUUUUGCGAAACCAGCAUAUCCAGAAAAUGAGGGGUGCAACUUAUGGAGCUUUGAGGCGGUCCGAUUCCUCUGCAUCUGAGGCAGAGGUAGAUAGUGAUCAUGACGAAGAAGAAUUUGAGUUUAGUGAAGUACUUGUGCACCAAAUGAUUCACACCAUUGAGUUUGUGUUGGGUGCGGUGUCCAACACUGCGUCCUAUCUGCGACUCUGGGCACUCAGCCUUGCUCAUGCACAACUUUCUGCGGUGUUCUAUGAACGAGUCCUCAUGUUUGCCUGGGGGUACUCAAACCCAGUUAUCAGGCUUAUUGGUUUGAUUGUAUUUACAUUUGUAACUUUUGGUGUACUGCUGCUCAUGGAAACACUCAGUGCCUUCCUUCAUGCUCUGCGUCUUCACUGGGUGGAGUUUCAGAAUAAGUUUUACCAAGGCGAUGGUUAUAAAUUUAAGCCAUUUGCGUUCAAUAGUCUUUCAGAGGAGGAUGAUAUGUAGUGUGCAGCCUACAGGCAACCAGAUUUUUGUUAACUAGUUGAAUUUAAAGUUAUUCUAUAAGUUUUGUGUUCCUCAAAAAUUCGGUACAUUAAAUUCCAGAAGUUCACGUGAUACUUGUGUAUUAAGCUUCUGAAUAGUUCCAUACAUGUUCGAGAUAAGUAAAAGUCACGCGCAUUUUGAUACAA